GUUCCCUUCAACGGGAUCAGCAAGCACAAUUGGACCACCUGAUCGGUCGUGUUAGACGCUGGAGCAGCCGAUAUGACGGACGUGCACCCUUGGAAUUCAGUAUCCAUGAUUCGAUGGGAAGCUCAAGUAUCCAUUCAAGCACCCAUUCAGAUCAACGUUUGGAGGCGAAAACCGGAUUCACAGAUCACACCGCACGCAUUGACGCGGAGCACGUCAGACCGACCUCGUCUCAGCAAAAAUCACUCAUAGAUGUGAUCACCCAAAUAGGUGUGGAUACAACUUCAGCAGUCUGUCAGACCGAUCUGUCGCUCCUCAGCCAAUCGAUGGUCGACCCAGGACCACAAACUAUCUCUGAGUUUAGAGCAAUACACGUUGAGGAAAGCACUCGAGGUACUACUAUCGGCUCAGGAAUAUCCGUUGGACCCGUGCUUCAACGUUUACCUUUGGUUGCUUCAUCACCACCGAAGAGGGAAGUUUUUGACGCAAUUUGCCAAAUUGGCUUGGUUCAGGGGACUACGCACACACAGACAGACAGGGGCAUGGGACUACAUUCCACAGUUUUUCAGACUGACUCCGUAUCACCACCCUCGAGGACGACAGCGGACACUAUCUGCCAAGUGGGCUCAAUCAGUCGUUCAACUGCUGUUCAAGCUGUGGAGUCCUUUAUUAGUCCGCAAUUACCUGUUUUGGCUCGUUCUGGAUUUGAUGUUGGAUGUCAGGCGGAACUCAUCGCUCAACCGCAUACCAAAGUGCCGUUACGAGUGCAAGUGGCGCGGCCACUUCAAGCUUUGCCAUCACGGUCGAAGCAAAAUGCAGCUGCAACGCAAGCCGAUCUCAUUCCACCAAGGAUGCCUACCGUGAAUGUAUUGGUGCAAACCGGAAUUCUUACCAACUGGAAGACAACGCAAACGGAUCCAGGUAUUGAGCCCGAAUUUGUGGCACGUUCCUUUACUUCGCGUCAACAGGCAACACCGAUAAGUGGGUACGCAGAUUAUGCGAUGUGGACAGGCUCACAGGGUUCAUCGAUGUCACACACUGCCUGCCAGAUAGGAGUUGUACGCACUGAGAAGCAGUGUCAAACAGAAAUGGAUGAACCCCCACGCAGCCGAGCCAGGAGCGUUGACGUUCGGUCGCAAACCGCGAUGUCCCCACCGGCCUCACGUGCUAAGAGCCAUGAUGUUUUGACACAAGUCGGAAUCGUGCAAGAAUCGAGAGGAUUGCAGUUCGAGGCACCCUUUCCCGCGGCCAUGUCGUUACCCAUACGAGCGUCCACUUCAGAUGUACAGAUGCAGAUAGGAGUGGUGAGAAAGGGUCAAGAAACUCAAACAGAAAAAGAGGAACGCUUGGACCGAAGAAUGGUAGAUAAACCCCUCGAGCGAUUUGAUGUUGAAGUUCAAAACGGUGUGCGAGGAAUAUCUGAUUGGUGUCAGACGGAGGAAAUGGUGUUACCUAUGAAAAAACACUACGAUGUCCAAUUACAAUCGGGAAUUCGAAAUACCUCCCAAGGUUUGCAGACGGACAUAGAGGUUGUAACUGUUUUGAAGAGGUUCGAUGUCGAAACCCAAUCAGGUGUUAGAGACAAACCGGAGUGGUGUCAAACUGACAUGGCAGUCGGGAAGAAGGCUGACGUCUAUGAUGUCGCGGUUGAUGCAAAUUUACGUCCGAAGUUGAAGGAUUAUUCGUUUGAGACAGAAUCCCUUGCAGAAUUAGAGCUGGUAGCUCCAGUGCAGCUCGCGCGUUCACCUGAACCACAGAAUGACAAAGGUGUUCAAGCGUCUAGCCUGUCGACAAGCUGUGACGUUGAACUUCAGUCGGGGAUUCGGGCUAACUCAAUGAGUGUGCAGACAGACAUGGGAGCACCAAUAGUUGCGCCGAAAAAAUACAAUGCUGAGAUCCAAUCGGGUAUCCGAAAUAAAACGGACUGGACCCAAACAGACAUGGCGAGUGUUAGCACAAGCAGUGCGAUGACUCACACACCUCCAUCCCCAAAGCCCAAUGACUACGCUUGUGAAACCGACGCGCCGCUUGAAGUAACCAGGGUGGAACAGGUGAGGAUGGCCCCCACUUGGACAUCGAAGGAAGAGAUGGGAGUGCAAGCAGAAUAUGUGUCUACAAGAUACGAUGUCCAAUUACAAUCUGGAAUCAGGACUCGUGCCGAUGAAACACAGACAGACGACUUCCUGGACGUGCAGGUGUAUGCGCCAGUACGCAGCGUUCGACCCGCAACAACUACAUCGGAGAAAGAUGUGCAGGCUGUUGUUGUGCAGGAAAGAUAUGAUGUGGAAGCACAAUCAGGAAUACUAGACAAGUCACGGAGUAUUCAAACGGAUGCGGUAGUGGCCGAUAUUGUACCGAUGAUGACAGUGAAGAGAUUCGAUGUUGAGGUUCAAUCAGGAAUCCUAGAUGAUUCACAUGGUGUGCAAACAGAGAUUCAAAUGAAGGCUAGUAUGCCGAAGAGAUACGAUGUGGAGACGCAAUCAGGUAUUCGUGAAAAGCCAGAGUGGUGUCAAACGGAGUUGGAACUGAGAAAGGCGUCAAAAGUAUUCGAUACUGAGGUUGAUGCGACCAUGUGGCCAGAUAUGAGAGAUUAUGUGCUGGAAACGGAAUCGGUACCGGAGGUAGAGUUGGUGGCACCCAUGCAGCAUGCGCGGCCUCCCAUAAAAGUGGAUGACAAGGGUAUGCAGACGUUUAUUCGUUCGACGACGUACGAUGUUGAAGUACAAUCCGGGCUUAUCGAAUAUUCAAGAGGUAUGCAAACAGACCUAGCAUCGAUGGUCGUCUCGGGGAAGAAGUACGACGUCGCGGUCCAAUUAGGCAUUUGUUCGAGGGCGGAGUUGUGCCAGACUGAUAUGGAGUUCAAAACGAAAGCCCAGGUAUGUGAUGCCGAGGUGGACGCUUCCAUGCUGCAUGUAAGGAGUGAUUACGUGCUUGAAACGGAAUCGCCACCGGAGUUGGAGUUGGUCGCUCCAAUGCAACACGCCCAGCCUGCUACACAAGCGGAUGAUAAGGGUGUACAGGCAUUUACCCGAUCGGUGUUAUACGACGUUGAAGUCCAGUCGGGGAUUAUCGACUACUCACGGGGCGUGCAAACAGAGGCACAAAGUGCGGCUGUUGCCUUGAGGAAGUUUGACGUUGAGCUUCAAUCUGGUAUUCGCGAUAAGUCGGAAUGGUGUCAGACCGAUGUUGGAUACAGGCCGGUGGUUGAAACCCAGGAUGCAGAGGUUGAUGCUGCUCUGGAUACCGCGUCGAGAGAUUACACGCUUGAAACAGAUGCUUUGCUGGAGGUUCAGGUUGCACAGCCCGUGUUGGCUUCUCGUGCAUAUAUUGACAAGGAGGAUAUCGGGCUUCAGGCUGCAAUGGUGCCUGCCAGAUUUGAUGUGGAGUUGCAGUCGGGUGUGACCACCGCUGAAGGCAAGACGCAGGUGGAUGAACUUCUGAAACCAGAAGUGUCUGUCUCAAACCGAUCUGUGCAAACCGCUGUGGAGUCGGUAUCUCCAGUGUUUAACAAGAAGUUGCAAGUAUGCUUGAGCCCGAUCCCUGUCGAUGCGAUUUUACAAUCAGAUGACGCUGUGGUGAAGGACCUGUCGGCAACAGUGCAGCGAGAACCAUUGAAGAAAGUUGAUAUAGGGUUGCAAACUGUAGUGAGCGAUCGGACGGAAUGUUGUCAGGUGGAUUUGGGGUUGAGGACGAAGGUCGAGGUUAUGGAUGUUGGAGUGGAUGCAUCUAUGCGGCACGUGAGAAGCGAUUAUUUGUUCGAAACGGAGUCGUUGCCAGCGGUGGAGUUGGUGGCUCCGAUACAGCAUGCGGGGCCUCCGACGCAGACGGACGACAAGUGCAUGCAAGCGUUUAUCCGAGCGGCGACUUUUGAUGUUAUUGCUCAGUCUGGAUUAGUCAGUACUUCGCGCGGCGCGCAAACUGAUGCGGCGCCGAUGGCUGUCUUGGCGAAGAAGUUCGAUGUCGAAACCCAAUCUGGUAUCUGUUCUAAGGCGGAGUUGUGCCAGACAGAUAUGGAGUUAAGGGCGAUGAAGGAUUACGCGCUGGAAACUGAUUCAUUACCUGAGGUAGAGUUGGUGGCUCCAAUAGAACAUGCGCCACCACCCAUACAGGUGGAUGAUAAAUGCAUUCAGGCGGUUGGUGGAGUAGUGCUCUAUGAUGCAGAGUUGCAGUCGGGUGUCACAACCUCUAUCGGUGUUACCCAGGUGGACGAAUUCUUGAAACCGAAAGUGUCCGUUUCGGGUCGAUCUGUGCAAACGGAUGACCAAUCGCCGUUAUCUGUGUUGAACAAGAAAUUGCAAGUACGUUUGAACCCGAUUCCCUUUGAUGUUACUGUACAAUCGGACGAUGUCCCUAUGAUGGACUUUUCAGCAUUAGUUCAGCAAGCUGCUUUGAAGAAAUUUGAUGUUGAAGCUCAAGCAGGUUUGAUGUAUACAUCCGAAUGUUCUCAAACUGAUAUGGUGUUUAAAUCCAAAGUUGAUGUACUUGAUGCUGAAGUGGACGCAUGCAUGAGACCAGCGAUGGGAGAUUAUGUGCUGGAAACAGAUUCAUUGCCUGAGAUAGAGUUGGUGACUCCAGUGCAACUUGCGCGUCCUCCCGCACAGCUGGAUGAUAAAAGUGUGCAAGUAUCUAGUCGAGCUGUGGUUUACGACGUGGAGCUGCAGGCCGGAGUAACGACGUCUAAUAGUGUCACACAGGUGGAUGAUGAUCUCUUGAGACUGCAAGUACCCAUCUCGGGCCGAUCUGUUCAAACCGAUGUUGAAUCAGCGGUGUUGCCUGUAGUGAACAAAAAAUUGCAAGUUUGUAUCAAUCCAAUUCCCGUUGACUCUACUUUUGAUGCAAUUGAGGAUUUCAGGUCAGGUUAUGGGGCUGGGUUAUCAAGAGUCCCUCGAAUAGAUGUUGGCCUACAGUGUGCGAUCUCACCCCGUUUAUUUGACGUUGAACUGCAGUCUGGCUCUACCCAGUCGACAGUUGCUUCACAAACAGAAGCUGAUCGUUAUGUCAGUUCAGCUGUUGCAUUCGGUGUCGAACCCGUUUCCUCAUUUGCAAUUCCGGUGGAUUGUGUUUUAACCACAGAUGCUCCGCCUGACCCUAUCGUAAUUCCUUCAAUCCAAAGUUCUACAAGCCGACCAGCCUUAUCCGCAGUGAACAAAAAGCUCCAAGUUUCUCUGGACCACCAUCUUCAAGUCUCAAGCAUUAAUCAAGCUUCUCAAUGCGAAGAGGUUGCAAAGCAUCCUGUCAUCAAUUCAAACAUUCAAGUCAAUCUGAGAUCAGAGCGAAGCGAGGCAUCCACGCAGUUUGUCGAUAUGUUGGAGAAGGCUCAAGCACCAGUUCAGUCUGCAAGGAUUUCUACUUCUACUUCUGUUGCUGUUCAAUGCGAUAGAAGACAGUCAUAUCGGGAUGCUUCAACUCAUUCUGAACUGUUUGCGAUUUCUAAAGGUGAACUGCAGCACAUGGAAGCUAAACCUAUCGUUGAGAUGACAACGAAAGCUUCUCAUUAUUACGGAGACACCACCCGUAUUCCGGUUCCCACUCAAGUCACCACCGUUAGCUAUCAAUCUGUGCAGCCAAUACCGAGUCAUUCGUCGCAGAGAUUGGUCGAUGCGUACUGCGAAGUCAUGUACCCAACAUCGGUCAUUCAGGUUACUACACAGUCCCAAGCUUUGAGCCAACCUCGAGAGAGUACUAUUAUUACAUUGGCCAAGACCGCUACAUCUUACGUGCAACCACAUAGCGCGGAGUUCAUUUCCGCUACGCCCAUCAGUAGUGCACCAAAAGCUCCCAUCUUGGUGGAUAGUAAUUUCGGUUUCACCCACACGCAGAAGAACAAAAAGUGUCAGAUAAAUUUGCUAGAUGGUUCUUCCGCAAGAUCACAAAUGUUAAAUAAAAAACUGCAGACUCAAGUACGACAAGAAGACGCUUCUUGCGAAUGUAUGCUGGUAGACAGCCGCAGUUCACCCAUCACUCCUGCUGGUCAGACGGAAGCACAGGUACAAGCCACUCCUUACUCACUCAACAAGAAACUGCAGGUGAAAAUCCAACCAACUACAACUGUUUCCGCAACUCUGACCGAGUGCGCUAGUGUCGAGGUGCGACUGCAACCGGUUGGCUCAAGAGUAUCGACUCGCGAUGCCGGUGUGAUGAGCGAACCCUUGGGUGCUCAACAAGUCUGGACACAGUGUGCCGAAGUUUUUGAACCAACAUCCGUGCCACUGAUUAAAGCUGAGGCAGGUCAUGUGAAAGAAGUGUUGGAUAUGCCGAUUGCACGCUCUGAAGCUCCAGCAGAGACACUCGCGGCCUUGGAACCCGUUGUCAGUCGGGGCAGGGUGCACGCAAUGUUGGAGAAAACUCCGGCCCCAACAGUCACUCAAUUAGUUACCAAAGGUUCAUCAUUUCAGUCUGAGCGACUGGAGACCGCGCACAAAAUGUUCUCUCCCCUGUACACACAGACGCAGUUGCAGCUAGAGGUCCCGAGAAGCGACGAGUGGAGUCAAACAGUCGGAGCUGAACCUGAACUGGAAAGCAUUCGGAGGUCACCAGUCCCACAAACUCGUCAUGUGCGUAUUCAGAAGGGUAGUUCGUGGCUUGUAUCCAGACAACAGGAUGUUGAGGUUCAGGCAAGUCCGCUUACUUCGACAGAAGUUGAGAUUCGCCUUACUGAUUUAAUUCAAGGGGCUCCGCGAAUAGACGUCCCUGACAGUGGUGAAGCAGGUGUUACCAAACCUCAUGGUAGUAGACCAAGCUCCACAACUUCCCCAACAGGUUCGAUACGGGGUCUGAGGUACCCAAGGCAGGAAGCAGUUAACUGGGGUGUCCAAUGCACACCUCUCACAUUGAAUGGGGUCACCCAAACCAGUGAUUUGACUAGGACAGAGUCAGGCUCGGAUAUAUCUGAUCAUUCAACAACAGCUGUUAGACGGCCAAAACAUUACGGAGGAACCUCAGUUGGACUUCAGACCUCAUUCGACGAUGAGUACACCAUAAAGCGAGUCGUAACAACUAUCGCACGUAGAGGUAACGUGUCGGUUCAUAAACGCAGCACACCAGUUGUAAGAUACAUGCAUGCGCGUGGACGACCCUCGCUACUCACGACUAGCCUCCCAAGUCAUCUGGAUGAACAAUUACUUGCUGGAGCUGAGGAUGAUGAAUCAGAAGACGGGUAUGAGACCCCAACAACAGCAAAGGUCACAACCUUCAGUGUGGAUGGCGAACGCCGGGUAGUACGCGACGAUUUGCAUUUCGGACCUAGAGGCAGAGGGCGGUCUUUGGAUUCCCGUCUAGGGCCUCAUUCACAUCUUGGCGGUUCUGAUAUGUACGAAAGUGAUUUGGCGGAUAUGCAUGACGAAAUCCACAUGCAAUCACAGGCUGAGAUGUACUUCGACAAGCUGCUGAGAACUUGGGGCGCGCCUUAUCUGCUGUCACGUCUGAGCCGUCGCGGAAGUGCGAUGAGUGUUGACCGAGAUGUGAACGGUACCGAUGGGAGUCGUCUGGCUCGUUUGAUAGGCGUCAAAACUCAGUACACCUCAACUGGGAAUCUUGCCGCUUAUCACCAGGGUGGCGGCAACACGCGCACCACAGAAACCCAAACAGCCGGGCUUCUCCCACAAGGCCGACCUCCUCAUAGGAACAAGCGAAUUCAAAGGGGGCAGAGUUAUAUCUCUUGGACACCUGGUCAAGCCCCCGUACCAGUUGCUGAGAUUUCUCCGACAGUUGGAGAAUCUCCACUGGGGUACACGCAGCAGCACGCUACACCAAGCUUCGGUUUCUCUUCUACCUACACCGAGACGAUACGGGAGAGAGUGGCCACUUGUGGGAGGAUGGAUGAUUAUGUCUGCCCCAACUGCGGAUAUCACGCACAUCUGCCACAGUACAGACCUGGUUCGAUGUCAACAGUACAGCCUUUGCCGAUCACUCAGCUACGCAACGUUACUUGCCAAACUGCAGAGAUGGGUGUAGAUGCAAUCGAUCCCGUAGGACAAACUCUCCCAAUUUACAUUACUGAUGAGGAUUUGAUGCAUAUAAAUCCACGACAACACUUCAGUGAGGACCAACUACUUUCCAAGGUAACCUGGUGUGAAGCUGGCGGAAGUUUGAAGGUCGGAGAUUCAUCCAGUAGUUCACAUUUGGUGGAUGAGGUUUGGAUCGAUAGUCCAGGCAAGCUCCUCGAAGUGCAUACUACCGGUGUGGUGAUACCCGGCUCCGAUAGGGUUAUCAGUGCGGCUGAAGCAUUUUACAGAGGCAUCCUCCGGGUGGUAUACUGGGAUUACACAAAGGCUGCGCCAAGCUCAAUGCUACUUGCAGAGUCGGGCAUUGUAACUCCAAUAGCAGAUGCCGUUGUGGCGGAUCUAGUUCGACUAGCUUGUUACUCGCCCGAACGCGUGAUGAUGGGGAAAACAGAUCGCUCUGCAUUAUCGAUAAAUACCCAUGUCGUAUGGACCACACCGGAGAAGCACCGGACAAGGUAUGCAGUCCACGCCGUGAGACCCGAAGGAGAACGUCAGGGCGCAUCUUACAGCGUCGCUUCAGCAUUCGCCGCGGGUUAUAUAAGGAAGGAUGAUGGGCAGCUUGCUCUCAGACACCCCAUGUAUGCAGACGUUGGAUAUGAAACGGGUGUACAAUCCCUCUAUUCAGAUACAGUAGAGAAAAUUUCAGUGCAAGAGGCUAUAGUUCGAGGCAUACUGGAUGUGGAACUCAUCGCAACCGAUUCUCCGUCCGUCCGAGCUCAAAUGACCGCGUACGAGAAAACACCUUAUCGUUCUGAUUACUCUCCUCACGAUGUGGAUGUUUGAAUUCUGGCCUAGAUUCGACACAGCAGUGUUUCGCGCCAGGUGCACGGUUGUGCGUCCAAAUUUCUGUUCUCAUUUGAGCGAUGGGCAUUAUCACACCACAUCUCUUUUCACAAACGCUGUGAUCGUUCAGCCAGAUGAAUCAGAAUACGGAAUUCUCCUAGCCACACCUUUCGUACACAUUUUAUUCUUUUGGGGCCAAUAUGGAAUUCCAUCUUAUACUUUCUGACCCAAACCAGACAGAACCAGCAUAACUACGACCAAUUAGAUGUAAGCCUCUGCCUUUGACCCACCUUAUUGUUUCACUAGCUGAUGUUGUGACGAAUCUUCUUGAUUAUUUUACUUCAGAACUACUACUUCAGCAAAGUGUGAAUUAGGCUUUUGUGCGCUUUGUUUGCGUCUGGGUAUUAUUGCACUGUACUUCUUCAAUCACUCCGUGUGACUUGCCAACUCUCCCUUUUGAAAUCUCCUGUUCAAUUUUCUAUCAUUUGAUGCUUUAUAAUCGAAAUUUGAAUCAAUUGCUGCAGCCAAUCAGAUCUCAG